AUGGAAGAUGAACCGACGUCGUCAGCGUCGUCGUCUUCGUCGCGCGGUUUGUGCAGCACCGCGAUGUCGCGUCGAGUGUGUGGCGGUUCGGCGGACUCGACGGCGAGCGACAGCGACACUGCUGACGAUGCUCCCCUACUGACGGACCUUAGGGCACCACAGCAAGUGAACAUCGACAUGCUUGGCGACGAGAAGCCGGCAUCGCCACACGAUAAAUUUCCGAAAGAACGCCUAAAAGCAUUGAUCUCUUUUAUAUUACUUGCAUUUGCCGCCGUACUGAACGAGGUAGUGCUAUCGUUCGUCCACGAACGCGUACCACAACAACCUCCAUUACCAGAUAUCACAUUCUCGUUGGUAACAUACUAUCGAAAUGGACUGAAGAUCUGCGAAUACAUCAUGCUGUCAUCGUUUGCCAGCGUGUUGCUGUUGAUGUUGUUCCAUCGACAUCGUUGGAUAAUGUUCCGACGAUUGAUGAUGGUCGGCUCGUUGUUGUACUUAAUGCGUUGCAUCACGAUGAUCGUCACUCAAGUUCCCGUUGCCGAUCCAAACUUCCUUUGCUCACCAAAAUUCGGUAAGAAUGGCACAUUUUGGGAGAUAGUUUUGAGAGGGUUGAAGAUGGUGGCUGGUAUUGGAUUGAACGUAAGCGGUAAGGAUACGCUUUGCGGUGACUACAUCUACAGUGGACAUACAAUAGUGCUAGUCGUCAGCGCAUUGUUUAUUGGAGAAUAUUCUCCACGACGAUGGCGUAUUCUACACGCAUUCUACUGGCUCGUGGCUUUCGUUGGUGUAGUAUUUCUAGUUAUUUCACGUGGUCAUUACACUCUUGACGUCAUACUCUCAUAUUUCAUUUGUACUCGAGUAUUUUGGUCUUACCAUACAAUGGUCGCUCAUCCAACGCUACGGCUGUCUACACAAAAUCAUCAUCGAAAAGAAUUUUGGUUCCCGCUAUUCAAAUACAUGGAAUGUAAUGUGUUGAAGCCGGUCCCACGACGAUUCGACUGUCCGUUACUGACUAACCGACUACGAUCUGUGUUUCGACGGCGAGUGGCAAAUUCACGAAUAGAAUAG